AUGGCAGCUAUUGUUCAGCGCGAGUAUACCCAACCUAUGAAAUACUUCUUGACCGCUGCUUGUCUAAGUUUGGACGGGUACGUUUGCCAGUCAUUUUUUGAGUUGGCCAAUUCGAAGUUCCAGAAUCCAUCGAACCAGGAAGGUGCUGAACGGGUGGUAAAUGGAAUCCGCCCCUUCCUGGAAGCGAACUUGCAGGACAUCCAAGCUGAUCCGGCUCGUGGCCUUGUGCGGGAUGCUCCAGCAGGCUCUGCAAACGCGAGCAAGGCUCGGGAUGCUGCUUUGUGCCGGAACUUUUAUCUGCUGAAGCCUUUCAUCGUCAAGAGCAUUGCCCCGGACAUUGGCAUUCCAAACUUGGGUGACUUUAAGGUUGGCCUUGUGCACCUGUCGUGUGUGUACCAGCUGCACCCGAGUGUGCGCAGAAGGGGAGGCAAAGCAGCUGUGAAGGACUGGUCCUACCAGGAGGGGGCUAAGAUACGGCAGUUGCUAUCAAACCUCCAGCGUGUCACACGCCGCACUAUUCAUGCCAAGUCAACGAAGACUGCCAUUUUGAAGAGGCUCUUUGCUGUGAAAAUGGAGUGGUUGACUGAGGAGUCCCUCGCGGCGGUCGAAGCGGAGAAUCCCGAAAGUGGCAGUGAUGCCGAGGAGCCUGAGGCGCUGGAAGACGGGGUGUCGGAUCCGGAGGAGGAGGAGGAGGAGGAAGCCCAGGAAGAGAGUUCAGAGACUGCAAGCAUCCAACCCCGAAAUCUGGAAGGUGAUAUCCCACAUCCGACGGAGAUUGCCGGGGAAGAGGAGCUUGCUGAUCUCGAGUCAAACGAAGAGUUUGCUGGCCCAGAGGAUGUCCCACAUCCCAUGGAGAUCGUCGGGGAAGAGGGGCUCGCUGAACUGGAGUCACAGGAGUUUGCUGGCCCAGAGGAUGUUCCGUCUCCUGUGGACAUGGUCGAGGGAGAGGGGCUGGCCAAACUGGUGUCGAAGGAUGAUCGAAAGCCACUUGUGGCAUGUGCUGCGGAGCUGCCUGCAGAGCUUCGAGAUCUGCUACUAGAGGAUACGAAAGUUAUCGAUGCAAACUCUGUGCUACCCCAGCAGCGGCAGAUCAAGAAAGCUUAUAAGGCUGAAUGUGCUCGCAAGAAGGCUGGAUUUGUUUGGAAAGUGUCAUUCUUGCAUGGGCAAUACCUUCAACAUAUAAGGCUUCAGACCACUCGUUUCGCAGCAGGCUGGUGA